CUGCGCUUCUUCAAAACUGGGAGUAAUAUUUACGCUCAUAAAGCAUCUCCCGGGUUUGUUCAAAUCGUACUCUUUCCCCGCAAGGUACGUGGUGACGUGAUGCGUUUCAUUUGCUCUUGCUUGCAUUCAAUUCGCGCAUAUCCAUAUUAGCGAUUCCUUGUGUGGGAUUGCUUCACUAUAAGGCAGUGAUGAGGGUUCUGUAUGGUCCGUGAAGUCAGAUGAUUUCCGAAACAUGGAUACUGUGGGCGACCUUCACACGAACACACGCGGUCACGCACUCAACACUUGACACUCAUAGAAAGAUGGAGUUCAUGAUUCUUAAACCCGGAUCUCCAGGCAGCUUGCAUCCCACUCAUUCACCAUCCUUGCAACAUUCACUGUCCCAGUGUGGUUUAUGCGGAGGGAGAUAUCUUGAUGGUGUCAUAACUAUCUUUUAUAUCUCCAUUGCUAGUCCACUCGAGAGCAACUCUCCACAAUAUUCGCAACACCAUAGCUCUUGUACUCAACUUUUUGUUACUCCUAUGACUUCGGUUUCCUCCGUCUCCUUUGGCUCGUAUUGUUUUUGUCUUGGUUGCGCUUCAUUCACGUGAACUUCAACAUAGCAAUACAGAUAUAACUAACUCUGGCUCCAGUGAGCAGGCCAUACACUACAGGACCUGACCAUCUGACACUUCUCUAAGCGCUGAGCUUCGAGAGAUCUUUUGGUUGAUUCUCAUAUCUAUCCAAGAGGAAAUAUCGUGGACAAAGUCGCUGCCGGUUCCGGGAUUAAACAACCUCAAAUCCCCUCAGAUAUUCCUGGCUUCAGUAUGUUCUUGUCCAUCCCUCCAACGUAUAUUUUCUUCUCGCGAAAUGCUGCCUUGAAAACAAAGCAUCCCAAGCGCGCGCUAUCUAUUUUCAUCGAAUCUCCAAUGCUCUCAAAUCUUAGAAACUGACUUCUAUGUAGUACAUCUUUCAAUUGGGU